AUGACAGUGGUCGAAGCUGGCCUCUUCGGCGACGACCUCGUUGCCCCUCAUGUGGCUUCUGUACUUCCAGAGGGCUACAAGGUGCGCGCAUUACGGCGAUCCGACUACAACUCAGGCUACCUCGACUGCCUCCGCGUCCUGACCACCGUAGGCGAGAUCAGCGAGGCACAGUUCCAGGAGAGAUACGACUGGAUAUCGAGGCAGGAUGGUGGCUACUACAUCCUCGUCAUUGAGGACGCCAGCGGCACCAAGGUCGUGGGCACUGGCGCCCUGAUUGUCGAGCGCAAAUUCAUCCACAAUCUCGGCCUUGUCGGCCACAUCGAAGAUAUCGCCGUCGCCAAGGACCAGCAAGGAAAGAAGCUGGGCCUGCGCAUCAUCCAGGCUCUCGACUACAUUGCCGAGCAGGUCGGAUGCUACAAGACGAUCCUGGACUGCAGCGAGGCGAACGAGGGCUUCUACGUCAAGUGCGGCUUCCGGAGGGCCGGUCUUGAGAUGGCACACUAUUAUGAGGGAGACAAGAGUAAAUCCCACUGA